ACUCGAUUCGUCCGCGAGGCAAGCAUUUCUAUACGUCAAGUUCGACUUUUUAUUUCCUCGAAAACAACAAUUGCUCCUCCAAUAUAUGAUACACACAUUCACAUUCUCUUCUCAUUUCUCAUUGCUAGUGGUUAUCAAAUUACUGGCCGUUUAGCUCGAACUGCAAAUCAAAUAGGCCGUUUAGUAUUUUUCUCCGUUUUCAGGGAAUCAUACUUUUUUAUAGUUUUAAUUGACUUAUAAUCCGCAUUUUUGGCAAAUUCCUGAAUAUUCCCCGUAUUAUAUGCUACCGACCAUUUUUUAUAUCUUUUAGUACACAAGAAUUAUCUUUUCAUGAAAGUUAACAGAGCGUAAAGCUUCCAACUUGGGGUUUCUGAGCUCUGAAUCAAAGAUGAGUUCUUCUUCUUUUUCUUUCUCGUUUCUUUUUCUUUUUGGUUCAGUCUUGAAUGUGGCUGUGUUGUGCAAUGGAGGCAAAACCAGCAGUUUUGUUAGGCCUGUGGAGAAAACUGUUGAUAUGCCUCUUGAUAGCGAUGUCUUUCGUGUCCCUUCUGGCGACAAUGCUCCUCAGCAGGUUCACAUAACACAAGGAGAUCAUGAUGGGAAGGCUGUGAUAGUAUCAUGGGUUACUGAUGAACCAGGAUCCAGUAAUGUGCUUUAUUGGAGGGAAAAUAGCACAAAUAAGAAGAUAGCUAAGGGCAAAUAUAAUACCUACAGAUUCUACAAUUACAACUCUGGUUAUAUUCAUCACUGCACCAUCAGAAACUUGGAGUAUAACACCAAGUAUUACUAUUUGGUUGGGCUUCAUAAUACUACACGGCAAUUCUGGUUUACAACUCCUCCUGCAGUUGGUCCUGAUGUGCCCUAUACAUUUGGUCUCAUAGGUGAUCUUGGUCAGAGUUUUGAUUCAAACAGAACACUAACUCACUAUGAAAGGAACCCACAAAAGGGGCAGACAGUGUUAUUUGUUGGAGACCUCUCUUAUGCGGAUAAGUACCCCAAUCAUGACAAUGUAAGGUGGGAUACAUGGGGAAGGUUUACUGAGAGAAGUACUGCUUAUCAACCAUGGAUAUGGACUGCAGGAAAUCACGAGAUUGAUUUCGCCCCUGAAAUUGGUGAAACUAUACCUUUUAAGCCUUUUACUCGCCGCUAUCGUGUCCCUUAUAGAGCAUCAGGCAGUAGUGCUCCCUUUUGGUAUUCGAUCAAGAGGGCUUCGGCAUAUAUUAUUGUCUUGUCUUCAUAUUCAGCAUAUGGUAAAUACACUCCUCAAUAUAUAUGGCUUGAAGAAGAGCUGCCAAAAGUUAACAGGACAGAGACACCAUGGUUAAUUGUUCUUAUGCAUUCUCCAUGGUACAACAGCUACAACUAUCAUUAUAUGGAAGGAGAGACCAUGAGAGUAAUGUAUGAGCCGUGGUUUGUUCAGUACAAAGUUGAUGUUGUUUUUGCUGGUCAUGUUCACGCCUAUGAACGAUCUGAACGCAUAUCUAAUGUUGCAUACAACAUUGUAAAUGGAAAAUGCACUCCAAUAGAAGAUCAAUCUGCCCCAGUAUACAUUACCAUCGGCGAUGGAGGAAAUCUCGAAGGAUUGGCAACUAACAUGACAGAGCCACAGCCAGAAUACUCGGCCUAUCGAGAGGCCAGUUUCGGUCAUGCCAUUUUUGACAUUAAAAACCGAACCCACGCAUACUACAGUUGGCACCGUAAUCAGGAUGGAUAUGCAGUGGAAGCUGAUAAAAUGUGGUUCUACAACAGGCACUGGCAUCCAGUAGAUGAUUCUACUAGUGCUCAAUUAUAAUAAAGAAAACACUACAUAAUUUGUCAAGUUUAUGGAAUAAUUAGCAAUUUCAGAGUUGAUCAUAAUUCAAAAUCUUCUUCUUCACCCUUUGUUGGUUAGCCUCUUGCCUGUUCUUACAGAAAAAAAAAAAUACUGUUGACUUUUUUUUUCUUUUCUUUAAUGUGUGCAGAAGCUUCUCUAGCUUUAUGGAUAUUAUAUGAAGAUGAAAGUAUUUAAUGAUAGAUAAAUAAUAAAAAAGGGUUAACAUUCCAUGAA